AUGUCCGAAGAUAAUACAAUAACAAAGUUUAGUUAUUUAUUUGCUCAGAAUAAUAAAAAAAGAGAUGAUGGUAUAGAAGAAAAUGAACAAAUUUUUGAAACUUCUACAUUAGAUGAAUUAGAUGAUGGAGAUAAAACAUGUUUACCAGAAAUAAAAAAAGUAUCUAGUCUUGAUGAAAUUGAACCAUGUUUACCGGAAAUAAAGGAAAUAAAAAAAAAAGUAUCUGGACUUGAUAAAGAUAAAACAUAUUUACCGGAAAUAAAAAAAAAUAUAUCUGGUUUUGAUAAAAAAAAAAGUAUUUUGUCUCGAUUGAAAUUGUUUUUUAAUUGA